GGAAGGCUUGUGUGGCUCUUUCCAGCCCCCCUUCCUGAACUUUUCAAAGAAAGAGUGUGCAGUUAUUUCCUGGAUUAGGUUGCAUCAGUGAUGGAGGCUUCAGAAGCUUCAGCCCAAAAUGAAAGAAAAGAGGGGGCUGCACCAUCAAGCCAAGGAGAAGACGGAUCAAAGUCCAGGAAGGCAUCUUUGAAAAGAACUGCAGAGGCAAAAGCAAAGAAAGCCAAAAAGGCCCGAGUCGCCAAACUCAACUACGUCGUCCAUCAAGGGGAAGAUAUGCUUCUUGUUAUAUCAGAUACUUCUUGCCACCAUGACGGUCCAGCCUGGAUUCUCGGAAAGAAGAAGGGAAGCCAAAAGAAGAAGGUCACAAAAGGAAUGAUGAAAUCCAGUCUGGAGAAGAAGAAAAAAAAGAUUGUCCGUCCCAAACCGAAACUGGAAAAUAAACCGGAUAAGGGGAAAGAAGAGGAGAUACAGGUAUCCAUUCGUCAGCAGGAAGCUGAUCAGAGAUGGGGCCAAAACCUGCCGGAGGAGGUCUUGAUCAACAUUUUUCAGAUGGUGGUUGAUCAAGACGGUGCUGUGCCGUUUCUGUGCAGAGUGGGCCGAGUUUGUCGUCUGUGGAACGUUGCUGCCUCCAGUCCAGUCCUGUGGCGCAGGGUGACUGUGGGCCACUGCUGGAUCACACCGGACAAGAAUCAGCUGCCUAAAACUGAGACCAAGGUCAAGAACACCGUUACCUGGCUGGCUCAGAACAGAUUCUCUCAGCUGCGAGACUUUUCUCUCUGUCACUGGAAGAAGAACGUUAAUUUCACGUUGGAGGUCGUUUCGCAGUUCUGCCCUCAUCUGAGCUCCAUCAAGCUGUCGUACUGCACAGGGCUGACGGCGAGGGCUUUCCACAGCCUCGGCCUGCACAGCCGCGCCCUGCACACCAUCAACCUCCAGUAUUCAGAGUUUCAGGUCGAAGGAUUCCUGGAGUACCUUGAACAUCAUGGGAGCCAGAUCAAGCAAAUCUUGUUCUCUCACGGACCAAAGAAUGACAAACUGCUGACAGCUAUUGUUAAGGGGUGGUGUCCCCAUUUGGAGUUGUUGGAGAUCAACACGAAGCUUGACAGCAAAGACUGUGAGCUUCCUGUUAGCAUCACGGCGCUGCAGGCGGUCUGUCCUAAACUCAAGACCUUCCGGAUGCUGAAUGUCAGACCUCGGCCUAAAACUGGGCGAAAACUGGUCAGCGCAGAGUCGGGCUUCCCGUUGCUGGAGGAGUUUUGUAUCGCAUCCGCAUCGUAUUCCUACCUGAACGACAAAGACCUGAUGGACAUCCUCUUCGGCUCCACCAAACUGCGAGUGCUGGACCUACGGGGCUGUUCGCGAAUCACGUCCGCCGGCCUUGCAGCACUGCCCUGUCCUGACCUGGAGUGUCUGUUCUGGGGACAGUAUUACAACAGCUUUAUGGUGACGUCAUUCCCCAAGACGGGUCUUCCCCUGGUCACCCAGAAGUGGGCUCAGACGCUGCAGCAGCUUGACAUUGCAAACCAACUCUUCACCGAGGAGGACUUGGCGUUAGGGAUGAGUUUUCUCGCUCAAGAGGCUGAGGCGGACACGCUGCGCUCCCUCAACCUCAGCGGGACCAGGAUCACGCCACGUGCCCUCAGAUCAGUUGUUGAACAACAGACUGCUCUGGACUACCUCAACCUUUCGUCCUGCCGCUAUCUUCCAAGAGGAGUUAAAAAAAUAUACCGCAGCCAAGAAGAAAUCCGCCAGCUGCUGGACAAGCUGGAAUAAGUCUUAGUUUUAUUCCAGAAAUCACGCACAAGAGUGGACAUGCCUGUCUUGAUGAUAGUUAUAUCAAUCUGGAGAUUUUAUCCUCAGGUUAUUUUCCAAAUGUUUUGCAAGUUAAACAGCUGAGACUUCAUCAAGUUCCGCUUCUUGGUGGACAGAAAAUAAUUGUUUUGAAAUUCAGUGAUAAAUCCUGUUGCUUUUAUGGCAUCAAACUUUAAUUUUCAAACGUGUCAGUAAUUUUGUUCAUAUUAACUGACACUACCUUCCAUCUUUAGAUAAUCUUAUACAAAAGUUGAGUAAUAUUUGAAUACAUUAGGAUUUUCUUUUGUAUAAUUUAUUCUCUUUCUGUAUUUUUAUUUAUUUUUUUUACUGCGAGGCAACAAAAAAUGUCAAUAAUUCUUUUAAAGGAGAUAAUGUUCAAAACUUGACAUUGAAGGUUCCCAAAGUCUUUUUUUUCCCACCAGCAGGUGCUCUAGAUCAGUGGUUCCCAACCUGGUGUCUGGGACCCUAGACUCAAAAAGUUGUGCAACUCUUUCGCUUUUGA